AAAAUACAAACCCUCUUCAAGAAAAUGGCGGAAGUCGUAGAGCUGCACAAACUCAAGUUGGCGGAGCUGAAGCAAGAAUGCACUGCUCGUGGACUGGAUGCCAAAGGAAAUAAAAGUGAUCUGAUUUCCCGACUGCAAGCUUACCUGGAAGAACAUGAAGAAGAAGUAAAUGAAGAGGAGGUUCUGGGAGGGUUUGGCGAGGAGACCUUUGCCAAAGAAGAGAGCACUGACAAGAAGGAAGAGUUAUCUCCAACUGAAAUGGAGCCUGAGAAAAAGCUGGUCAAGUUGAACCCUCCUGUGGUAGCGGAUGAGAGGCUUCAGAAGAGAGCGGAGCGCUUCAAUGUUCCUCUGACUGGAGACAACAAAAAGGCAGCACGAGCAGCAAGGUUUGGAGUAACAGCACCUGAAUCUUCCAAAGGAGCUUCAACGAAAACAAAUGUUGACGUUGAGGUAUUAAAGAAGAGAGCAGAACGUUUUGGCAUGAAUGUGUCCUCCGUUUCCAAAAAAGUUGAGGAUGAUGAGAAGCUUAAGAAGAGGAAGGAGAGAUUUGGCAUUGUCACAAGUGCAUCGUCUUCUGGAGGAGGAGAUGAUUCAGAGGCAAAGAAGCGGAAACGUGCCGAGCGGUUUGGAAAUGUAUAAAUAAACGGAUCAAUUUUUAUACCUUUUUCAUUUUUUAAUGCGGUGUUCUUUUUGUGAUAAACCUGUAAUCCCUGUAGUGCCAUGGUUUUGUUUAUUACACUAUUUACAUUAAAUUUACCCAAGUUCAUUA